UUACGCGCCACACUUCCGUUAAAACUCAACUAAACACAGAAACAAGAAACAUGUCAACCAAAUAUCGCUCAAAAGUUUACUCACUAAAAAGACAGUAGAAGAAUAUGGCGUGUGAAAAUAGUAAAAAGAGAAGCGUUUGUAUGAAGUCUUUUGAAUUAAAUAGAAAUUCUGGAGUCGAAAGUGUUAAUUCAAGAAUUAUUCCGGAUUCGAAAUGGACAGUAUGGUGCUAUGAAAAGUGGAAAUUUGCGCCUAAGUUUGGACAAUUACGCAAACAUAAUAUGGAGAACUGGUGUUGUAUUUUUAAAUAAUUAUAUAAAUGUUAAUCUUUUCAAUUUUCUUUUUAUUAACGAUAUAAAUAAUGAGUUCUUGUAAAUGUAAGCAACACUGUUGUCAUACUGCGAUACAUGCUCGUGAAAACAAAAGUUUCAAAGGAUCCCGAUGUACAAAUCACCCUACACGUGGGUUAUUACGUCUUAAUAGCACUGGUGAAGAUUCAUCACAUAAUCAAGUACAAAACUCCGAUUUAAAUCAUGGUGUUAUAAACACAAAGCAAUCACAUUAUAACCAGCAUAGAUCUAGUUACAAAAACUUAGUUGAUAACAUAAACAUGGGUUCAAUAAUCAACUCAGCAAGUGCCUAUUUGGAUACAGCCACGUCUUAUUUUGGAAAUUUGUGCCCUUAUAAAUCAGGAACAAACGGUUUAGUAAAUAGUAAAAGUGACAAGUCAUCUUUAACUUAUUUGAAAAAUAUGAUAAGUGGAGUCAGUCAGUCUUUUAACACCAAUUCAAUGAUAAAUCAAGCUCCUGGAAUGAACUCCGGCAUUGACAGUAUGAAACAAUCUUACAAGUGUAACAAAGAUAUCUUGGAGGAAACAGGAAAACCAACAAAUUGGAACAGAAAUAUAUUUGGUGCUAUCCAUUGCAACCUUUUGGGUAGCUGCUCCACAAAGUCAGAGAAAAUGAAAGAAGUGUAUUCUGAGAAAUAUGUACCUCCUCAUAGGAGGUACCAAUAUGACAAAUGUAAAAGUGUUUCUUCUACUAUAGAUCCUAAACUUACUCCGUACAAUGCUAGGCUGCUUGAAAACAGCAAGAAAAACCAUCAUUCUAUUCUUGGAAAGGAUCUCUUAGCUAAAAGUCAUCAGUGUGAACAUAAAACUGAACAUAAAACUGAUAAUUGUGAAGCUGAACAGAAAACUAAUAGUGUAGAAAAUCCGAAACUUGAUCCUCAAAAGACUUCUACAGAGAAAUCAAAAAUUGGUUCUUCACUUAAUUCUGACAGUAAAAGUUGUGUGUUAUAUGUACGCAGUAGUAGAGGUAAAAGAGGAAAACCUUCUGCCAAGAAACGGAGACGUCAAAGAGCUCGACAAAAUGAACAGAAUGAUCAAACCUCCUGCCAUAGUGACAAAUCAAGCUCAAAUAUAAAACCAAAUAGUGCUCUUCAUGAUAAUAGUGUAAUGGCUUUUAUUCUAGGAUAUAGUUCGGACAAGUCUGAGACAGAGGAAAAGUCCGAGACAGGCACCAAUUCAUUCCAUUUUUCUUGUGAUAUAGACGAUGAACUAGACUGGUCAGAUAGUGACCUUGAGAGUGAUGAAACAUGUUCAUCAUUAGAAGAUGAAAACAUAUUUGAAAAUGGUCUGGGAUUUCAGUGUAACAACCCACUAUUAGGCUUGCAGUGUUUUCAAGUGACAUGCACAGUGCAGCCCCCUGAAGAAGCCAUUCUGUCACCUAAUUCAAGUGCAAUAGAAAACAUUAACUUGUUAUGGAAGAUUCAGGUGUCUGUCAAAUCAGAAAAUCCGAAGAAAGAAUCAUCCACUUCCAAAAAGGUCCAUUUUGCAGACGAUAAUGAUCUCGCUACAGUCCAUCCAAUGAUAGCCUGGUCUCAUGCAUACCAAGCAGCACGUAAAGGACCCUGGGAACAGUACGCUCGUGACCGUGGACGGUUUCUUAGAAAAAUCACAGAUGGUGAAAAAUUGCUCGGACCGAUUCUGAAUCAAAACCAUAGAGACAAAAUUUAUAGAGAACGAUUCUUGGAAAAAUAGAUUGCCAGUUGUUAAAACUGACACUACCGACCAUGCCAACAGGAAUAUAGUUGAGCUGUUGAUAAAGCUUUGUAACUUUAAAUGACAAUCAAUAAACAUUGAAUACUAAGUAUAAAACAUUAACAUAUGCAACAAUAUCUCUACUGUCCCACUGUUCUCAUUAAAACUGUUAAAUGUGAAGGAGUUAAAACAGCAUUUGUGAAUUGGUAUUAAGUUUGGGAGAAUGUUAAGUCUGUAAUUAUACCUUAUAUUUAGAAUUGAAGGGUUUAUAUAUCAUUUGUUAUGUCACAUGCAUUCCAAGGUCUGCAUUCAUCAUCAGAUAUAUGUUUUUGUUAGUUAUAUUGAGACAGUAUUUUGAAUAUGUAAUAGGGGGGUUUGCUUUAAACUUUGUAGUGAGGGGGCAUUGCUGUGACAUUACAUACAUAAAUUUCUAGGAUUUAUUGAAACAUUGCUGUAUUUUGAAAAGUCAGGAGUUACGAACUUACGAUAUGUCUCAUUUGAAAGUGUUUAGAACAUUAUUAUAUGCAAAAACAUCGGUUCAAUCAAUUUCAAAACUGAUCAAGGAUACGAUGAAAACGGGAUUGGUUUAAAACUUUUGGGGAAACAGGAUAUCACAUGAAAGCAAUGAAAAGAAAAAAAAUAAUCAAAAAUUAAUGAAGUGAAAAUUUCAGACUCAGUUUUAUUGAGUCUGUUCAUGAGAGAUAUGUAAUCACUGUAAUGUCGCAAUGCUUAAUAGAAAUUGCUAUAUCAUUCAAAUCCCAACACUGUUUUACAGCAGUAUUCCACCUUUAUGUAGACAAGAAAGAGAUAAUAUUAUCAGAAAUUGAACUUUGAAGGAGAUAAUAGAUCUACUGUGAUUUUUUUUAGGCUGAGAUAUAUAUGUAUAAAAGAUCAAAACUAGACAAAUUUUUGCCAUUGUUUGUGACUGGAGUGUAAAUUGUUUAUGGUUAUAUGGUGAAAGGUAAAUCAUGACUUUGUCACUUCUUCCCAAGUCACCUUUGCUUGUACACAUGUAUAGCCACAUUUCUUAUCAGGCCUUUACAUAAACUCUUGUACAUAAGAUGUACUUGAAACAUGAUGUUUGCGAUAAAAACUUCAUUCUUAAAUUUCAUCAGGGGAAAGAAUCUAGUCUGGACAUGUUUUUAUCUGAAUUUGUUACUUUAAUACAUGAUACUGUAAAUUUUACUCUAUUUAAAUCCUAUUGUCUCAUUGCUCAAUGGUUGAAGUAGUUUUGAUGAUAUUUUAACCAUUCCACUUAAUACCUAUAGAUGUAAAAGGGUGGAUUUCACACCCAUAAAUUCUUGUGUACUGAUAACUGCCCUUUUGACUGACUCAACUAAUGCAGUCUUACUUAAAUGAUGAAAUAGCUGUAUAAUCUAGGUGUAAUUGAAAUUAAAUUAGUAGAUAUAUGUAAUUCAUCAUCUCAAAGUAGGCCAACAUGGAAAUUGUGUCAUUGAGGCAGAGAUAACAACUGUUUAUAGAUAUCACAAUAUUUGACUGAUAUGUUAAACUGCACGUAUGCAUAGAUGUUAAUAUACUCUAUUGUUAAUGUGUUAUUGUGUAAGUAUAGUUUAAAAAACUGUGUUAAAAAAAGAUUAUUUUUUUGUACUCAAGUCAACAUCUAAGAAAUUUUGUUGUUAUAGUAUAAUGCAAAGCAUUAUUGUUCUUACAAUUUGAGUGAAACAUCAAGAGAAAUUCGAUUUGAAGGAAGACCUACUUAAGUGUGAUUAUUGAACUUCUUAAUUUAUAUUUUAUCUCUAAAAAUAAAUUAAAAUGAUUCUUGGUUUCUAUGUUAAAAGUAU